CUGCGGACCAAACAUCUUUCAUUUUCAGGAAUCAACGCAAAUCCAUUGCAAUUCUAUCGUCAUGGUAUCUCCCAUCCAUGGAAGGUCUUCUGUGAGCCAUUCAUGCUCAACCAUGGUGUCUUGAUUGUUGGAUAUGGAACUGAGAAGAAUAAGCCAUACUGGAUUGUCAAGAACUCUUGGGGCGAGAAAUGGGGAGAAGAAGGAUACUACAGAAUCUACCGUGGAAAGAACGUCUGUGGAAUCCGGGAAAUGGCAACUUCUGCUGUUAUCAACUAA